UAAAGUAAGUAGCAUAUAAGUUGUUUUCCAAUUUCUUCCUUAUCCUUUCCGCUGCAGCCGUCAUCGUCUUCGAGAGAACAACGACUCAAGUUUUUUUUUCGGAAUUUCAUUUUAAGACACAACAUGUCGGGUGAUGAGGCUGCUGCUCCCGUUGUUGUUCCUCCCGUUGCUGAGCCAGCGGCAAUCCCAGAGGACAUGGACUUGUUGACUGCAUUGGAGCUGACUCUUAGGAAAGCUCGUGCUCACGGUGGUGUUGUCCGUGGUCUCCAUGAGAGCGCUAAGCUUAUUGAGAAGCGUGUUGCUCAGCUCUGUGUCUUGGCUGAAGACUGCAACCAACCUGAUUACGUCAAGCUUGUCAAGGCUCUCUGCGCUGAUCACAACAUCAACUUGCUCACUGUUCCAAGUGCUAAGACCCUUGGUGAAUGGGCUGGUCUCUGCAAGAUCGACUCUGAGGGUAAUGCCAGGAAGGUUGUUGGAUGCUCAUGCCUUGUAGUCAAGGACUAUGGCGAGGAUACAACUGCCCUCAAUAUCGUCAAGAAGCACAUUGAAUCUAACUAAGUUCAAGAAGCAUUUUGAAUCUCAAAUGUUUUUUCAUCUCAAUGCUGUUUUAUCUUGGUUUUUAUACUUGAUGUUUUAGCAGACAGCUCUCGAGAUUUGUUUGGAAUAUUAUAAAGUUUUGCUAUUAUGUAUGCUCUACUUUCCAAGGCCCGAUUUACUUAUGUUUUCUUUGCCCACUA